ACCCAAGCCCGAAAUUUCCCACCCUCCUUUUAAACCCUAGUAUAGAUAGGGUUUUAAGAUCUCUGCAACUGUAGCUCCUAAUUUCGUCUCCACCACGACCUACAAUGGAAGGCAUCGAAAUGGAGGGUCCCAUCAUCGCUACAACCGACGAUUUCUGUGAUUCAAUUCUCUCGCGUUUCUCCACCUCCGUACAAGAGGACCACCAGCACCUCUGCGCAGUCAUUGGCGCCAUGUCCCAGGAGCUCAAGGAACAGAACCUCCAGUCCACUCCAAUUGCUUACUUCGGCGCCGCAUGCUCCUCCCUUGACCGCCUUUCCUUGGACCCGGACCCUCCUUCUUAUGUAAUCGAUGCUCUCAUGACCAUUCUCUCUCACGUUCUUCCCAGAAUUUCAACUGCGAUACUGAAGAAAAAGAGAGAAGUCGUAUCGGAGAUCUUAUUUAGGGUUUUAAGGUUGAAUUCGCUGACGGUUGGUGCUGUGACUUCGGGAUUGAAAUGUAUGGCGCAUAUGUUGAUUAUUAAAGACACAGUCAAUUGGAGUGAUAUUUCUCAAUUAUAUGCUGUUUUAUUGAGGUUUAUAAUCGAUUCGCGUCCAAAGGUGAGAAAACAGGCAAACACUUGUUCUCGCGAUGUACUACAAGGUUUUCAAGGAACACCAGCACUAAUUCCUACAAGUGAAGGGAUUACUAAUACAUUGGAAAGGUUUCUUCUUCUUGCUGGUGGAUCAAACACCAAUGAGACUGAAGGGCCCAGAGGAGCGCAGGAGGUCCUCUAUAUUCUGGAUACUCUUAAAGAAUGUCUUCCUCUUAUGUCUAUGAAGUGUAAAACCACCAUCCUUAAGUACUAUAAAACCCUCCUUGAGCUGCGCCAGCCAGUUGUUACAAGGCGCAUAACUGAUAGUUUGAAUGUAAUUUGUUUACACAUGACUUCAGAUGUUUCAUCUGAAGCAUUGCUGGACUUGUUAUGCUCAUUAGCUCUUUCUGCCUCUGCGAAUGAGACUUCUGUGGAUAACUUGACUUUCACUGCUCGUUUACUGGAUUCAGGGAUGAGAAAAGUUUAUUCCUUAAAUAGACAAAUUUGUGUGGUUAAGCUACCGCUCAUAUUUAGUACCCUGAAAGAUAUUUUGGCCUCUGAACAUGAGGAGGCCAUCUUUGCAGCAACGGAGGCAUUGAAGAGUUUGAUAACUAAUUGCAUUGAUCAAGUUUUGAUCAAGCAGGGAGUAGAUCAGAUUAAGACAAAUAAAAAUGUAGAAGGCAGAAAGUCUGGUCCAACAGUCAUUGAAAAAGUGUGUGCAACUAUUGAGAGCUUGCUUGAUUAUCAUUACAGUGCAGUCUGGGAUAUGGUAUUUCAAGUUCUUUCAACAAUGUUUGAUAAAUUAGGCAACUAUUCUUCAUAUUUUAUGAAAGAUACCCUUAAGAACUUGGCAGAUAUGCAGGGAUUGUCAGAUGAAGAUUUUCCUUAUAGAAAACAGUUGCAUGAAUGCCUAGGAUCUGCUCUUGGUGCAAUGGGCCCUGAAACAUUUCUAAGUCUCCUACCUCUUAAAUUAGAGGCUGAUGACUUGUCUGAGGUUAAUGUUUGGCUCUUUCCCAUUUUGAAGCAGUACACAGUUGGUGCCCAUUUAAGCUUCUUUACAGAGACCAUUUUGGGUAUGGUUGGUCUGAUAAAACAGAAAUCCCAAAAAUUUGAGCUAGAAGGACGGAUUGUCUCAGCAAGGAGUGCUGAUGCACUUUUAUACUCUCUGUGGUCAUUAUUACCUUCCUUUUGCAAUUAUCCAUUGGAUACUGCAGAAAGUUUCAGGGAUCUAGAGAAAGCUUUGUGUAGUGCUCUUCGUGAAGAAUGUGAUAUUCGCGGAAUAUUAUGCACUGCUCUGCAGAAUUUAAUUCAACAAAAUAAAAGAAUUGUUGAAGGAAGUGAUGAUCUGAAUGUUACUGAAGUUGGCAUUGCCAGACAGCGAGCUAUGACCCACUAUAGCCCACAAGUUGCAGCAGAUAAUUUGAGUGUGCUAAGGUCAUCUGCCCGGGAUUUUUUGACUGUUUUGUCGGGGGUCCUCUUGGAAUCUUCAAAAGAUGAUGGUGGUUGUUUGCAGUCUAUAAUUAGUGAGUUUGCUUCAAUAGCUGAUAAAGCUGUAGUUAAAAGGAUUUUCUUAAAGACAAUGCGAAAGCUUUUGGAGGUUACACAAAAGGCUACAAAUGCUGAAGCUUCUGGGAAUUCUAAUUCUGCGCGGAUUGAUGAUUCGUCAAAUGAAAAGCCUCCAUCACUUGAGAGGGCACAGCUAUUUGAUUUGGCUGUUUCCCUUUUGCCUGGCUUGGAUGGACAAGAGAUUGGUGUUCUGUUUAGUGCUGUGAAGCCUGCAUUACAGGAUGCUGAGGGUUUGAUCCAAAAGAAAGCAUAUAAAGUCCUUUCAAUUAUUAUUCGGAAAUGUGAUGGGUUUCUUUCAUCAGAGCUAGAGGAGCUGCUUCAACUCAUGAUUGAUGUCCUUCCUUCCUGUCAUUUCUCUGCCAAACGACACAGACUUGAUUGUUUGCACUUUCUGAUAGUCCAUGUUUCCAAGGGAGAUUCAGAGCAGAGGCGGCGUGGCAUCCUUAGUUCUUUCCUUACUGAAAUAAUUCUUGCUCUGAAAGAGGCUAACAAAAAGACCAGAAAUACAGCUUAUGAUGUGCUUGUCCAAAUUGGUCAUGCUUGUGGAGAUGAAGAGAACGGUGGAAACAGGGAAAACUUGUAUCAAUUUUUCAACAUGGUAGCUGGAGGCUUGGCAGGAGAAACUCCUCAUAUGGUGAGUGCUGCUGUAAAAGGCUUAGCUCGUCUAGCUUAUGAGUUUUCAGACCUUGUUUCUACUGCUUACAAGUUACUUCCAUCCACAUUUCUCCUCCUUAAAAGGAAGAACCGUGAAAUCAUUAAAGCUAAUUUAGGUUUGUUAAAAGUACUAGUGGCAAAAUCACAGUCCGAGGGACUGCAGAUCCACUUGGGGAGUAUAGUGGAAGGCUUGCUGAAGUGGCAGGAUGACACUAAAAACAAUUUCAAAGCGAAGGUUAAGCAUCUGCUAGAAAUGCUCAUCAGGAAGUGUGGUCUGGAUGCUGUCAAGGCAGUGAUGCCUGAAGAACACAUGAGACUUCUUACUAACAUCCGGAAGAUAAAGGAGCGGAAAGAGAGAAAGCCUGUAGCAAACUCUGAGGAUGCAAGAUCUCAUCUGUCAAGAGCAACUACAUCCAGGUUAAGUAGAUGGAAUCAUACAAAAAUAUUUUCUGAUUUCGGUGAUGAAGACACAGUGGACAGUGAUGAUGAAUAUAAGGAUACAAGUUCUGUUUCUGGUCGGAAAAGCAAGGCUUCCUUACAGCCUAAAUCCAAAGCUUCUUCAUUACGGUCCAAAAGAAUGCACAAAUCAGAUAAGAGCUUGCCAGAAGACUUGUUUGAGCAGUUAGAAGAUGAGCCACUUGAUUUGCUUGAUCGGCGCAAGACAAGGUCGGCUCUUCGAUCAUCGGAGAGUCUCAAACGGAAGCAAGAAUCAGAUGAUGAGCCAGAGAUAGACUCUGAAGGCAGAUUGAUAAUACGUGAAGGAGGGAAAGCAAAUAAGGAAAAGCCUUCUGAUCGUACUCCAGAUGCAAGGAGUGAAGCAGGUAGUUAUGUUUCUAUGGACUCUUCAAGGAAAGCCCAAAAGCGUAGAAAAACAUCAGGAACUGGGUGGGCUUUCACUGGGAAUGAAUAUGCUAGCAAGAAGGCAGGUGGUGAUGUGAAGAGGAAAGACAAGCUUGAACCAUAUGCAUAUUGGCCUCUUGAUCGCAAGAUGAUGAGCCGUAGACCUGAGCAUCGUGCAGCUGCUAGAAAAGGUAUGGCAAGUGUGGCGAAAAUGACCAAGAAGCUUGAGGGCAAGAGCUCUUCAAGUGCACUUUCCAUGAAGCUCAUGAGAUUCAAGAAUCAAAAGAAAGGCAACAAAAGAAAAAGCAGGUGAAGAACUGGCAAACAUUGAUAAAAAUCCAAACCCUUUAUGUUAAAAAUUUUUGUCUGGUUAUUUAUUUGAUAAAUUAUUUGUACAAGGCUGUCUGUUUCAAUUUUAAAGGCAAUUGGUUCAUAUUUUGAAGAUGUAUUCUGUUUGUGUAUAAAACGGAAAUGUAAGUUAAUAGUGAUUUGCUUAGAAUUCACAGAUUCUCUUUAAAGGAUCUGAUUGAUCA